AUGCGACAAUGUAUCGAAUGGGGUCUUCAUUCGCGGGCACAGGAAGGCCUGAGCCUAUUGAAAGAACAACACCAGCGAAGGAUUUUCUGGGAAUGUUACGUUCAUGAUCGCUACAGCUCGGGCAUAUUGGGACGUCCUUUCGCUCUACUCGAGUCAGAAAUAGGCAUGGCACUACCGAUAGACGCUGACGACGAGACAAUUGUGGCGUCUGGUGCAAAUACACUUGAAAAUGUUCCUAUCCAUGCCUUAUACCAUAGUGGAGAUAGCACUCGGACGCCCGGAUUCCAAUCGAUAGGCCACAUAUACUCAUCGUUUUCGCAAUUCGACAAAGAGCUCCGCGCAUUGCGGUCGUCAGUACCGGUCUUCGUAGACCCCAAAUGUCUGUACGAGCGGUCUGCAUGGCAUGACUUUAUGUACGAGAAGGACCGUCUUCUGCUUGCCCGUGGCGCCAUACACAACCUACCAGCGCGGCAGUUCUCCGGCACGUCCAUUGUAAAGGAAAUACUGAGAGUGUGCUAUCAAUCAGCGAUACAUACAAUACAACUGUAUGCAGACCUCCGACGCAAAGAUGCUAUCACUUGGACACGCAGCUACUUUCAGAUGAUCUUCACAGCAGGUCUAACUGUGAUCUAUUGCAUUAUCUUGGGUGUUUUGACCGACAAUGACGAGCUCUUCGUUACUAAUACCGAAACUCUGCCAACACUCAACACUUGCAGCUCAUUGUUGAACUACUUCAAAGACAAAAUGCCAGACGCAGGUUCUUUUGCCACUGUCUUCAGCGUCAUUCAAGAAGAGUUCGUCAAAGAUCGUUUUGCGUCUCCAACACAGGUGUCAGAGCAUGUCCCCGAAAACCCAAUUCAGCCAAAUAGUCAACAGCUCCCAACCCAUGAUACGCAAAUCUACCCCGAUCAUCUACUCAACGCAGGUGCGCUACACUCGGGCAUACACGCCACCACUACAGAUCAUUUACAAUCGGUUGGUGAGCAGCAAGAGCGGGUAAACCUAGAUCACUUGAUACUUGGGGACUUUCCCGACAUUCCAACCAUCCAAGGUUCGCAAGCCUUUGACAUGGGUUUCACUGAUGAUCUCAUGGACCAACUUGAAUAUGGACUGGGCGAGUACGCAUGGGGCUCGUUGAACACUAACAUAGACUAUUGGAAUUCUGUUUCCUACAACUAA